GGGGGGAGGGGAGCAGGGUCGUCACGUCCUCUCCAUUCCCUCCCCCCCCCCCCCCCCGGUGGUGGCUCCCGUUGCCCGGGGGUGGGCGGGGCUCUCGGCCAGGUGCGGGGCUCGGCGAGCCGGCGGCGCGGACGUCACUUUUGCCGGCCGCGCGUGUUUACGUGGAGCUGAAGAUGGCGGCGCCGGUGGUUCCGCCGCGGAAGCUCCUGCCGCUGUAGCGGGGCCGGCGGCGGUAACGCUCUGCUCUGUGCGCGCAGGGGCCAUGGAGGACGAGGAGAGGCAGAAGAAACUGGAGGCCGGGAAAGCCAAGCUUGCCCAGUUUAGGCAACGGAAAGCACAGUCUGAUGGGCAGAGUGCAUCCAAGAAGCAGAAAAAAAAGAAAAAGGCAUCAAACACCAAAGAUGAAGAAUCGAUACAAGAUGGUCCUGAUAUUGACAGGUCACAGGGUGAUGAGACAUCCACACACCAAAGAGGAGCAGCUGCUACUGCGGAGUUUGUAAUGAGGACUUUACGCAGUAGAGAAAUUAUCAAACAUGACCAGACGUAUGCCAUUGAACCAGACAGUGAAAUUUCCACUACAGCAGAUGAUUAUAGUUCUGAGGUAAAUGGUUGCAGUUUUGUGACAAGAACAGCUAUACCAGCAGACUUAAUCAGGGAAGAAGAAUUUGGAGUUGGAGAGACUUAUUCUGAGCAUGAAAUGCAGCAUUCUCAGACACGACUAGAGAUGAUGGAGAAUGAAUUGGCUGGGAAACAACAAGAGAUCGAAGAGCUAAACAGAGAACUAGAAGAAAUGAGGGCAGCAUAUGGUACAGAAGGAUUGCAACAGCUUCAAGAAUUUGAGGCUGCUAUCAAACAAAGAGAUGAUAUUAUCACACAGCUUACUACGAAUCUGCAGCAAGCACGGAAAGAAAAAGAUGAAACAUUGAGGGAAUUUUUAGAGCUUACUGAACAAAGCCAGAAACUGCAAAUUCAGUUUCAGCAUUUACAGGCAAGUGAAGCCUUAAGGAAUACCAGCCAUAGUAGUACAGCUGCGGAUUUAUUGCAAGCCAAACAACAGAUCCUUACACAUCAGCAACAGCUAGAAGAACAAGAAUAUCUACUGAAGAAUUACCAAAAAAAGAAUAAAGAAUUUGAAGUACAAAUUGCACUUCUGCAAGACAGAAUCACAGUCUAUGAAAUGGAGAAACACAAAAAUGAAAGAGAAGAUUCUAAUAAAAAACUACAAGAAAAAGAAAUACUAAUUGGAGAGCUGAAAGCAAAAAUAAUAGAAGAAGAAAAAAAUGCAUUUCAGGUGAAGGAAAAAUUAUCAGAUGCCAAUAAAUCACUUGAGGAAUUAAAAGAACAGAUUGUACAAAAGAAUCAAGAGGCAAAUGAUGUGAGACUGCAACUGGCUAACUGCAAACAAAAAGAAAGACAAUGUUCUGAUGAAAUAAAACAGUUAAUGGGUACUGUGGAAGAAUUACAAAAGCGAUGUCAUAAAGACAGCCAAUUUGAAACUGACAUUGUACAAAGAAUGGAAUUAGAAACACAAAGGAGACUGGCACAACUUCAGGCAGAAUUAGAUGAGAUGUAUGGGCAGCAGAUUGUACAAAUGAAGCAAGAAUUAAUUAAGCAACAUGCAUUAGAAAUUGAAGAACUUCUUGCCCAACAAAAAAUAGAACUGGAGAAAACUUUAAAUCCAUGUUCAAGUGAUAAUAUUAAUGAAGAUCAAGUACGUUUAAUGAAUAUUGCAAUUAAUGAUUUGAAUAUGAAAUUGCAAGAUGCUAAUUAUCAGAAGGAAAAAAUAAAGCAAGAUUUGUCAAAACAACUGGAAGGCAUUUCAGCAGAGAAGUCUAUUCAACAAACACAAAUUGAAGAUCUUUUUCAAGAAUUGACCUUUGCAAGAGAGCAGAUUCAGAGAGCCAAGCAGACCAUAAUGGACAAAGAAUGCAGAUUAAAUGAAGCAGAUAAAUACCAGGUUAUGAUUGAAGAGCUGAAAGCUCAGCUUGCUUCUGCAUCUGAGCUAAGGAAAGAGUUAGAAUUAAAACACGAGGCAGAAGUCACAAAUUAUAAAAUAAAACUUGAAAUGCUAGAAAGGGAGAAGGAUGAAGUUUUGGACAGAAUGGCUGAAUCUCAAGAAUCUGAAUUAGAGAGACUGAGGACACAGCUUCUGUUUAGUCAUGAAGAAGAACUGUCCAACCUUAGAGAAGACUUACAACAAGAGCACAGAAUAAACAUUGAAAUUCUUAAAGAUAACUUGGCCACACACUAUAAACAGCAAUUAGAAGGUGUACAAAAUGAAAUGAGUCAAAAGAUAGAAGCCAUGGAGUUUGAAAAGGACAACUUAAUAACAAAGCAAAGUCAGCUGUUAUUGGAGAUUUCAAAGCUGAAAGAUUUGCAGCAGUCUGUUGUAAAUUCUAAAUCGGAAGAAAUGACACUUCAAAUACAGGAACUCCAAAAGGAGAUUGAUGUUCUUAGGCAAGAAGAAAAAGAAGAGGGUAUACUUGAACAAGAAGUUCAAGAGUUGCAACUUAAAACUGAAUUGUUGGAGAAACAAAUGAAAGAGAAAGAAGUUAGCCAUCAAGAAAAAUGUAAAGAUCUUGAGACACAAAAUAACCUUCUUAAAGAUGAAAAUAGAGCUUUAGAAGAGAAAUUAAAGCACAUUUUGGUUAGUUCAGAAGAAAAGUUGAUUUUCACAGACAAUGUUUAUUCUAAGUCAGAAGACCUUGACAUGCAAAAUAGAAUAGAAAAGCUGAUGGCUGAAAAUGCGCAGUUUAUAAAACAAGACCUUGAACUCAAAGCAGAAAUUGAGAGGCAAAAGAAUACUUUUUCAUUUGCUGAGAAAAAUUUUGAAGCUAGUUAUCAAGAGCUGCAGGAAGAAUAUGCUUGUCUUCUAAAGAUAAAAGCUGAUUUAGAAGAGAGCAAAAACAAAGAGGAAGCUGAAUAUAAAACCAAGCUUAAGGUUCUGACUGAAGAGCUUCAACAUUUACAAAGCUAUGAACUGGUUGUAUUGAAAACUAAAAGUUCAGUCUUUGAAGGCUCUAAAGAAGACAAAAUAUGCAGAGCAGAAACUUUUGAAGUUGGAGAAGUUGUUGUUGAGAAAGAUACUACAGAACUUAUGGAAAAGCUUGAGGUAGCCCAGCGUGAGAAAGUGGAAUUAUCCUUGAGACUUUCAGAUCUUUCUGAACAAUUAAAAUUAAAACAUAGUGAAAUUUGUCAAUUAAGUGAAGAAGUCAAAUCUUUAAAACUGGAGAAAGAACAAGUUUUAGCAAGAUGUAAAGAACAAGAAAUCAUAAUUAGCCACAAUCAGGCAGAAAAUGUUAACAUUUGUGAACAGAAGACAAAAUACUCUAAAGAGAAAGAUCAAGCAGAUGCUAUCCCAGUGUCUGAAACUAGAAAUCUAAUAUUUGAUCCCAGCAAUGAACUUGGUGAGGAAAUAAAAGUAAGAGAAGAUAAUCUGAGUUUGGGUAAAGAUACAGAUCAUCAUGUAACAGAGAAGAAAAUUCAGCAAAUGUUGAAUCCAGAGCAGCAAUCACUGUUGGAUCAUGUGCACCAGAUGACUGACCGACUAGCAGGAGAAACCUCACUACUGGCCAUUACACAGCAUGAAAAUGAUCAGCUUCAGCAGCAGCUGGAUAUAUUAAAAUCUGAACAGACUGAUUUACGGCUACAGAUGGAGGCCCAGCGCAUUUGUCUCUCUCUGGUUUAUUCAGCUCAUGUGGAACAGGUCCUUGGGUACUUGAAAGCUGAAAAAGAGAAUGCACUCUGCAGCCUUAAAGAGGAGCUCAUCUGCAGUCAUGCACAAGAGAUGAAUGAGCUUAAGAAAAUGUAUCAACUAGAGCUCCAGACCUUGAAAGGUCAACAAGCAGAUGAUGAAGGCAAAUCUACAGUGGUGCUUAUAGAAAAGCUAAGCAAGGCAGUGUCUGAGGAAUGCUUUAGGCUCACACAGCUUCUCUGCAGUGUUCAGAGUGAACAACACUCAACUCCUAUCAAAGUUAGUCCUGGGGAACAAGACAUUUUCCAUGUUCCUACUGUUGAGAGAAAAGAACCUGACAUAGAAUUACCAACGCACAGAAUUCAAGCUCAAGCCUUGCAAGAAAGUAUGCAAAUUCUUCUGAGCAAGAUAAUGGAAGAAUACAACAGGCUGAUGGCACUUCAUACACAGUUUAUGAGGGACUUUAAAAAGGUUGAAGAGCAACAGACAUCAUAUGUUGAACUGGAGCAUAGAAAAGAAGAGGAAAGCAACUGUCUACAAAUGAAAAUAGAAGACUUUCAGACCCCUUCCCAGGACCUUAUUGAUCUUAUGGUUAGAGCAUCUCAUUGGGAGGAGAUGGAGAACCUUAAAACACAACUUGAAGGACAACAUGCUCAAGAAAUUGAGCAUCUCCGAUCCUAUUUCCAGCAGCAGUUGAAAGAAACUGACGAGAGAUACACUACAGAGAUUGUUCAUUUACAGAAUAGACUUCAGGAUGUCAGUGAAUCCCCUGAAGAUUUCAGUAUAUCUGAAGAGUCACAGGAAAACUCUAAAGACUUCAUGCAGAAAAUGACAAAAACUGAAAGUCUAUAUCAACAAAGUACAGAUACGGCAGCAGAGUUUCCUAGUGAAAUGGAAUCAAAAGGUGAUAAGGACAUUAUUCAGCUGUUGGAAAAACAGUACCAAGGAAGAUUAGAAGAAGAAAUAGCUAAGGUUAUUGUGUCAAUGAGUGUAGCAUUUGCCCAACAGACUGAACUGGCAAGAAUGGCUAGACAAGAGGAAGAAUCAGCACUAUUGGUAGCACAAACAAAAAUUGUUCAUAAAAAGGAAGAAUGUUUUGAAAGUAGGAAGAAGUGCACUGAACAUGAGCUAGACAACCAUCUUAUUAAGGAGAAGAAAGCAGACAUUAAACAUACAGAAGAAUUUAAACCACUUAGCAAGGAGCUGAGUGAAGAGUCCAGUGAGAUUUCUUCUCUUGAAGAACAACUUGAAUCAAGGGUUAAGCCUGGUUACAUACUAGAACUGAGCAAGAAUGAAAUGAGGUUUCCAGUAAAAGUAGUGAAGGAAAUAUCACCCUAUCACGAGAUGGCAACAUCCAGUACAGAAACCUCAGGUCAGCUGUUGCUAUAUGAAGAGCGUUUGGAAGAUAUGCGGCAGGAACUUGUACGACAAUAUCAGGAACAUCAGCAGGCAACAGAACUAUUGAGACAGGGGCAUAUGCAGCAAAUGGAAUGGCAAAAAGAAAAUCAAGAACAACUCCUAGCAGAGCUUGAUAGACUUAAAGUUCAAUUAGCUGAGAGUGUCUCAGUGGAGAAUGACAACUUGGUUACAGAGAGAGAGAGAAUGCUUUUAGAGGAACUAGAAUUGUUAAAGCAAUAUUCUGUACCCGGAAGAGAGAAGCUGCAUUGUGAGCUAUGCAACAACAGUACACAAACACAGGAUGAAAAUGAAAGGCAAACUGAAUCAAAAGAGUACACCUUUGAGGGUGAAGACAGAGGAGGAAAGCCUGAAGAAAUAUCUUCAGAUAUUCUUUCAAAAGAAAGGCAUACUCUACAGAAGGCUAACAACAGACUCCUGAAGAUUCUGUUAGAGGUUGUGAAGACAACUGUAGCUGUAGAAGAAACAAUUGGUCUUCAUGUCCUUGGAUUACUGGAUAGACCUGGGAAAGACCCUCCUUCUUCUAAAACUGUUCUAUGGGAGUCAGAGGCCGAGCAAUCAGUAAAGCCCUGUGUCCAUAUGGGAUUUGAAAAAGAAGAGCCCUCUUCCUUAUAUCACAGUACUGAUUUGGGAGAUGAUGCUACUAUCAGGUGGGCAGAAGUAACAGAUGAAGGACUUCAGCUGACUCAGCAUCUCACAGGGAGUGGCUUUGCUGGAGAAGAGAUAAACCCUGACAAUGAAGAAUUAGUUCUAAAUAUUAGUUCUCGACUGCAGGCAGCUGUUGAAAAACUUCUGGAAGCCAUCAAUGAAACCAGCAAUCAGCCAGUGCAAAAUAGCUACGUGACGGAGGAGAAGAGAGCAACAGCAACAUCUUUUGGAAUGGAUUCUUACCGCACAUACUGGGCAUCUAACUUAUUUAAUCACUUGCGAUCAGAAGGCCAAGAAGAUACCUAUGAGGUUGAAUCUCGUGUGCCUUUACCAAAUCCUUUUCCUUUCACUGAACACUUGGAUGAAAAUAACUCUGUAGUUGUAAAUACUUCAAUUUUUCACUACAGGCACAAAAAAAAUGGGCAUAUAUUAAAAGUUGUCUCUAAAAUCUCCUUGCCUACACCUCCAUAUUCACUGGAACAUGCUAAAGUUUCACAGACAGAACUUAUGCGAGAAUCCUUCAAAAAGCAGCAGGAGGCCACUGAAUUUUUCAAAUGCCAGGAAGAAUUGCAAGAGCGACUCAGUGAAGAGGUCAAAGCCAGAGAGCAGCUGGCAUUGGAGCUCAGCAAAGCAGAGGGCCUCAUUGAUGGUUAUGCAGAUGAAAGAGCAUUUCUGGAAAAACAAAUUCUGGAAAAAACAGAUAUAAUAGACCAUCUUGAGCAAGAGCUACUAUGUACAGGUAACAAAUUGCAGGAACUAGAGGCUGAACGACAGCAGAUCCAAGAAGAAAAGGAGCUACUCUCCAGACAGAAGGAUGCCAUGAAAGCAGAUGCAAGACCAGUAGAGCAGCGCAUAAUAGAUGCUGCAGUCGAUGCAGCUUCCCAAGCAGAAUUACUGGAGGAGACAGAAAAGCUAAUGAAGGAAAAAAUAGAAGUACAGCGUCAAGCUGAAAAAGAGUACGAUGACCUCCAAAAACAAGUGAAAGCCCUGGAAACAGAUGUGGAGGAGCAGGUCAACCGAUUUAUAGAGCUAGAGCAAGAAAAAAAUGCAGAACUAACAGAUCUAAGACAGCAAAACCAGGCUUUGGAGAAGCAGCUUGAGAAAACAAGAAAAUUUCUAGAUGAGCAAGCAAUUGAUAGAGAACAUGAAAGAGAUGUGUUCCAACAAGAGAUACAGAAACUAGAGCAACAACUUAAGACUCCACAAAGGUUUCAACCUAUCAAUGAACACCAAACCGGAGAGGUUGAACAGUUAACAAACCAUCUACAAGAAAAAACAGACAAAUGCAGUGAGCUUUUGCUCUCUAAAGAGCAACUUCAGAGAGAUAUACAAGAACGGAAUGAAGAAAUUGAGAAACUAGAGUGGAGAAUAAGAGAACUGGAACAAGCCUUAAUUAUCAGUGCAGACAAUUUGCAAAAGGUGGAGGAAAGAAAGCAGUGUGGAGCUGCCACUGUGAAGGGAGAAUUGCCCCUUGAAGUACAAUUGCAGGCUGAACAAGAAGCUGUAGACAGAAAGGAAAAAGAGAUCACAAACCUUGAAGAACAACUGGAGCAGUUUCGAGAGGAACUAGAAAACAAAAAUGAAGAAGUUCAACAAUUGCAUAUGCAAUUAGAAAUCCAGAGAAAGGAAUCCACUACACGAUUUCAAGAACUGGAACAAGAGAAUAAAUUAUUUAAAGAUGAAAUGGAAAGAUUGGGACUAGUGAUCCAGAAAUCUGAAGAUGCAUCCAUAAAGGAUCAUUGUCUAGUACCUGGGAAACUUGCUCAGAUCAUGCAUGAAAAGGAGCAGGAAAUAGAUCAUCUUAAUGAACAAAUAACAACACUGCAACAGCAACUUGAAAUCACAACAGACAACAAAGUUAUUGAAGAAAAAAAUGAGCAUAUAAGAGAACUUGAAGCCCAGAUAGAAUGCUUAAAAAGUGAUCAAGAGCGUGUGAAGAAAAACAGUGAAGAGGAAAUAGAACAGCUGAAUGAAGUGAUUGAAAAACUUCAGCAGGAGUUGUCAAAUAUUGAACAAAAAGUACCUGUAGAUGUCGCUUCCAUUCAGGAGGAUGCUGACAGUCUGAAACAUGAGCUUGAUACAGUGUUGGCAGAAAAAGAAGCUUUGAAGAAGCAAGUGGAAGAUAAUAAUGUAGAGUCAUCCAUGACAAAGAAUGAGCUUGAAGAAACUAAAUUAAAAAUGAACCAUUUAAAAAAAGAACUAGAUAUCUUAAAGAGGGAACUUGAGAAAGUAACAGAGAAAUAUAAGCAUUUACUGAUGAAAAGUGACAAGGCAGAAGAGCAAAGGAGAAAUGAGAAGUCACCAGAGCUCCUAGAAAAUAAAAUCCAGCUUAAGUCUGUGGAAGAAAAUACAAAGAUUACCAUCAGCAACAUGGAGAUAAAGCUGCAGCAACUUCAGGCAGCUAUUAAAGAGAGGGAAUCAGAGUUGUGCCUGUGUUACAAACAAAUAAAGGACUUGAAUGAGCAAUCCAAGGUUGAAACAGAAGUACUUAAAAAGAAAAUACUGGAACUUGAAGAGAUACUUCAGGAAAAGGUUGCUGCUGCUCUUGUGAGCCAAGUUCAGUUGAAUGCAAUUCAGGAGCAAAAUAAACUGAGUCAGAGAAUGCAGGCAUUUUCAAAAGGCGCUGAAGAAGCAAACAAAAAUACACAAACAGAGAAUGUAAAUCACAUAGCUAAAGAAGAGACCGAAUCAAAAUUAUCAGUACUAACAGAGAAACUUUCAGAGAUGGAGAACCAGCUGGCAAAGAUGUACAAUAACCUGGAGCUAGAAAAAGAAAAUGCAGAAAUUGCACAGAAGGAGGCUAUAAAAAAAGAAAACAGACUAUUAGAACUUCAGCAGUUACUAGAAGACAUUCAGGAAAACCACAAAGAGGAGAUUAAAAAGACCCCUAAACAGGGAGAGGUGCAAACAUCUGAGGUAAUCACAGAACUAACUCAAAGUCAAGAGGGAAGUGUAUUCAUUGCUGAAAGUGAACUAGAGAAAAUCAAAGCUGAAUCAGCUGCUGCCAAGGAAGAACUGAGUAGUUACAGAGAAAAGUCAGAAAAACUUCAAGAGGAAUUAAUGGUGAGAGAAACAAGUACGAGACAUCUUCAAGAAGAGCUACAUCGAGUCAAGGACAACCUAGUUGAAGCAGAAAAGAAGCUUGCAGAUUAUAUGAGAGAGGAAGAGGAAAUAGCAGAACUUGAAAGCAGAAAGGAUGUUGACAAACCAGAUAAUGUUUCUACCAAAGAAGACCCGACUUCUACCAGAAAAAGUUCAUCAUCUCAGACUGAGAAGACUAUACAAAUCAAUAGCUCCAACCAAACUUUACAGGUCCUUGUUAAAAAUGCAGAAAUCCAAAAUGAUUUACAAAAUGAAUAUUCAUCAGAGGAGGUUGCAGAGGUCAUAAGAGAGUUUACCGAGAAAAUUGACCAAAUGCAAGAACUCCACGCUGCUGAAAUCAUGGACAUGGAAACCAGGCAUAUUUCUGAAUCUGAAGCACUGAAGAGAGAGCAGUUAGUUGCAGUCCAGGUAUUAACAGAAGAAUGUAAUGCUUUGAAGGAAGUCAUAGAAACUUUGAGAGCUAACGAGGCAGUCCCAAUUUCUGGGUUACCGCACACUGCAUCUUAUAUGGCCAGAGAUGGAUGUUCUAGUGACUCUAGUUCGGACUGGAGUCAAGGAAUUUAUCUUGCCCAGAGCCAGGGAUCUGACAUAGUAUCAGAAGGAAUAGGAGAAGAAGAUGAAACUUCAACAGAUCUGCUUCCAAAGAAAAUAAAGGGUUUGCUAAGAGCAGUGCAUCAUGAAGGCGUACAAGUGCUGUCUCUCACUGAAUUUCCUGACAGUGAAAGAGAUAUACUGUCUCUUAAACAAGGGCCAGAAUCAUGGCUUGAGGAAAGGAAAACUUUUCUGAGCACUGUUUCAUCUUUGAAGGAUUUAAUUACACAAAUGCAACUGCAUAGGGAAACUGAGAUUUGUGCAAACUGUGAACCUCCUGAAAGUGUUCCAGACUGGCGAGGUGAACUUCUGCAUGCUGUUCAGCAAGUCUUUCUGAGAGAACAGGAUGUUUUUCUAGCAGCAUCUCAAACAGAUUUUUCAGAACUGGGUACCAAGGAUGCAGUUGUAUUGAUGAACCAGUUAGAGCACAGACUUCAAGAACAGGUUAUUAGCCAGAGAAUGGCAAUGGACUUCAUUCAGAAUGCAGAUAGAAGAAGUUUGCUAAUGGAAAUUCAAGUACUGCGCACUCAGAUGAACAACAGAAAAGUUAAUCCAGAGAGAGAACAAGAGAUUGAUCCAAAAAGUCAAGAAAUGCUGGAGUAUAACAUGCAGCAGAAGCAGUCUCAGAUACUGGAGAUGCAAGUGGAGCUCCAUAGUGUGAAGGACAGAGCGGCUGAACUUCAAGAACAGCUGAAUUCUGAGAGAAUGAUGGUUUCAGAAGUGAAGAAUGAACUUGCCCAAGCUAAACUAGAACUUGAAACAACUCUUAAGGCCCAGCACAAGCACUUCAAAGACUUGGAAAUCAUCAGGACUGAGGUUAAAGAAAAAGCAGCUGAGCUUGAUAUGUUAAAGGAUACAAUGGCAAAUGAACAGAAAAAAUCAAGAGAGCUUCAAUGGGCUUUGGAAAAGGAAAAAGCUAAAAUGGAACGCGAUGAAGAAAGAGGAAGAGAAGAGUUUGAGGAUUUGAAAAUUUCUCUUGAGGAUCAAAAACAAAAGAAUUUACAAUUAAAUAAACUUUUGGAACAAGAGAAACAGCUGUCCAGUGAUCUGCAACAGAAAAUUGAAUCCCAGGAAGUUCUGAAUGCAGCCCAGCUGUCACAUGAACGAGGUCGUAACUCUGAGCUUCAGGUGCUCCUUGAAUCAGAGAAAGUCCGAGCUCUCGAAAUGAGAAGUGCCCUAGAAAGGGAGAAAGAACUGUGUGCUCAGCUUCAGAGUGUUGAAGAUAAGGGGCAGGAUGGAACACCCAAACCAACUGAAGAGUUACUUAAAGAUUUACAAAAACAAAUGGAUGAAAAACAUGACCGUAUAGUGCAGUUAGUCAGUGAGACGGAGAGGUAUAAACUUGACUCUAUACAAAUGAGGCAACAGAUGGAAAAGGAGAGGCAGAUUCAGAGGAAGACACUGCAAACAGAACAGGAUGCUAACAUAUUAGCACAGAAGAAAGUACAUGAACUAGAGUCCAAAGUGGAAGAUCUUGACUGGCAGCUUGAAGAGAAGAGACAACAGGUUCAUAAACUAGAGCAUGAGGUAAAGAAGUUGCAGGAAAUAAUACAAGAGCUACAGAAAAAAGAACAAGAGAGGGAGGAAAAAAAGGAAGCUGAAAGAGCAAUGUGCCAGAAUCUCAAUGAGACUACUUGGGAUACAUCCAAUGAGAGAACAAGAAAUUGGGUUCUACAGCAGAAAAUGGAAGGAGCUGAAACGAAUGACUCUACCUACCCCGCACUGACUGAAAUGAAAGGAGAAGCUGAUCUAAACGAAGGAAGUAAAGUUUUGGAGAACAUCAGACAAAAGCUACAAAAUGUAUCUUCAAAGCUGAAACAAUUGGCACACAAAGCCGCCAGCAGGUUACAGUUUGAAACAGCAGAUGAUGACAACUUUAUUGGGGUACAAAGUAACAUUGAAGAUGUUCUUUUACUGUUGGGAACAUUACCUGGAUUGUCCCAGCUAGAAGGGCUGAAGUUAGUGUUGCCCCCUGCAGCCGCUGCUAGCUCACUAACCGAAAAACUGCUGAGACAGAAUGCAGAGCUGACAGGGCUUGUCAGCAGACUGAGUGAGGAAAAGAACAAUUUGAGGAAUGCUGCCUUGAAACUGGAGGAGGAACUCAGACGAUACCGACAGAGAGGACUUUGUGGGGAUUAUGGUUUGGUCCCCCUGCAGUCUUCUAGACAUUCACUGGACAAUGGAGCUAAUAUCGAUACACUCAUUGUCUCUGAGAAAGAGAUUUGGAACAGAGAAAAGCUGUCACUACAGAAAUCUUUGAAACAAGCUGAUGCAGAGCUGUCCAAACUGAGAGCAGAACUAAGGAGUGAAGCUUUUCUGAGAGAAUUGGGAUCGAAUUCUGAAAAUGCUGUUUUAAAGAUAAUUUAUGGAAAAUACCUGAGAGCAGAGAGCUUUCGGAAAGCUCUCAUAUAUCAGAAAAAAUACUUACUGCUCUUAGUAGGUGGAUUCCAAGAGUGUGAAGAAGCCACCCUGGCCCUCAUUGCGAGAAUGGGUGGACAGCCUUUAUACACUGACCUAGAAAUUAUUACACAUCGUUCAAAGGGUUUUACCAGAUUUCGCUCUGUGGUCAGAGUGUCCAUUGCAAUUUCAAGAAUGAAGUUCCUGGUUCGUCGGUGGCACCGAGUUACAGGUUCUAAUUUAAUAAGCGUCAACAGGGAUGGCUUUAGCCAGAACACAGGUAAUGAGCUAAGGCCUGAUUCAUUAGCUGGUGGUCUGGAGUUCUAUGGAGAACAAAGACAUUCUUCUGAUAGAUCUAGAUCAGAACUAGAGUCUCUCAGAUCUCCUAUAAAUUCUCAACACAGGUUCCAGGGCAUCCAUGUUGAUUUAAGCCCAGCUUCCCUUGCAUGUUCUCAGCUGCAGAAUUAUGAUCCUGACAGAGCUUUAACAGAUUAUAUCAAUCGACUGGAGGCACUACAGAGACGACUUGGAAGCGUACAAUCAGGUUCUACUUCCUACACUCAUUUGCACUCUGGUGUUAGAAGAUAAUAUCCUUUCAACAUCUCCAUCACUGGUAAUGAUGAAUGAACUACCUUCCUGUAAAUCUGUGCUUUUGUAUAAUGUGUACAUUGUGGGACCAACCAGAACACAGCUGUAUGAUUACACAGUUCCCUUGCUGGCACAUCCGCACAGACUGGAAUUUAUGUCUAUAGGUACUUUGUGUUCAUUCAAAAAUCAUUAAGUGACAUGUAUAUUUGUGGAAUGCUAAUUUAAAUGAUUAAGUUAUAAAAAGUGUAUUUAUCAAAUGGGAUGCCAGGAGAUGACGCUUGUGUAUUUGAUUGUUGAAUGUGUAGCUAAGUGUACUGCACUUUUUCCUGACAAAAGUGCACAACUCUGUCCUAAUCUUUGCUACUGGCAGUGCAGACAAAAUAUAUCACUUGUAGAGACCUAUUUUUGUAAGGUAGAAGUUUUGAAUUUUAAGGGUAUUUUGUCAAAGUACUGAAAUAAAGAUGACUUCAUCCUUUUA